UCGGCAGCAAUUGAUAUCGAAUAAAAAUCCAAGUCCUAGUUGGUUCAGUGCCCUGGUUUUGGAACCCUAACCAUGGCUUCUCGCAAGGUUUUAUCGUCCCUUUUGCGGUCAUCCUUACGCCGCUCCGGGUCAAGAUCCUCGAUCAUCAACCCCAGAGCUCCGUCCCCAUCCCAUGUGUCUCGCCCUUCCCCGAAGGGUUUCCUCCUCAACCGUGUUGUAGACUAUGCGACUUCGGCCGCGGCCCCGGCGCCGUCGGUCCCAUCGUCGCCAUCGACUAAGGGAGCUGGCCCCAGUGGCAAGAUAACCGAUGAGUUCACUGGGGCUGGUGCUAUUGGCCGCGUUUGUCAGGUGAUCGGUGCCGUCGUCGAUGUUAGAUUCGACGAGGGAUUGCCCCCGAUCUUGACGGCUCUCGAAGUUUUGGACAAUUCGAUCCGUUUGGUUCUCGAAGUCGCUCAGCACUUGGGAGAGAACAUGGUGAGGACCAUUGCUAUGGAUGGUACUGAAGGGCUUGUGCGAGGACAGAGAGUCCUUAACACCGGAUCUCCGAUCACUGUGCCUGUCGGUAGGGCUACCCUUGGUCGAAUCAUGAAUGUUAUUGGGGAGCCUAUUGAUGAGAGGGGUGAAAUAAAGACCGACCAUUACCUCCCUAUCCAUCGUGAAGCUCCAGCCUUUGUUGAACAGGCAACUGAGCAACAAAUUCUUGUAACUGGAAUUAAGGUUGUGGAUCUCCUUGCACCAUAUCAGAGAGGUGGGAAGAUUGGGCUGUUUGGUGGUGCUGGUGUAGGAAAAACGGUGCUUAUUAUGGAACUGAUUAACAAUGUCGCCAAAGCUCAUGGUGGCUUUUCUGUUUUUGCUGGUGUUGGAGAGCGAACUAGGGAGGGUAAUGAUCUGUACAGGGAGAUGAUUGAGAGUGGUGUCAUCAAGCUAGGGGAUAAGCAGAGUGAAAGCAAGUGUGCACUUGUGUACGGCCAAAUGAAUGAGCCCCCUGGUGCCCGUGCUCGUGUUGGUCUUACUGGCCUCACUGUUGCUGAGCACUUCCGAGAUGCUGAGGGACAAGAUGUGCUUCUCUUCAUUGAUAAUAUUUUCCGUUUCACCCAAGCAAACUCUGAGGUCUCUGCUUUGCUUGGCCGUAUUCCAUCUGCUGUCGGUUACCAACCAACUUUGGCUACUGAUCUUGGAGGUCUGCAAGAGCGAAUUACUACCACUAAGAAAGGUUCAAUUACCUCUGUCCAAGCUAUUUAUGUGCCAGCUGAUGACUUGACGGAUCCAGCUCCUGCCACCACAUUUGCCCAUCUGGAUGCUACAACUGUGUUGUCUAGACAGAUUUCUGAGCUUGGUAUUUAUCCUGCGGUGGAUCCCCUUGAUUCUACAUCUCGUAUGUUAUCUCCUCAUAUUUUGGGAGAAGAACACUACAACACUGCUCGUGGUGUGCAGAAGGUUCUUCAGAACUACAAGAACCUUCAAGAUAUUAUUGCCAUUUUGGGAAUGGAUGAGCUCAGUGAAGAUGAUAAGUUGACUGUUGCCCGUGCACGUAAAAUUCAAAGGUUCUUGAGCCAGCCCUUCCAUGUGGCAGAAGUAUUUACGGGUGCUCCUGGAAAAUAUGUGGAAUUGAAGGAGAGCAUUACAAGUUUCCAGGGAGUUUUGGAUGGAAAGUAUGAUGACCUUCCCGAGCAGUCAUUCUACAUGGUUGGAGGAAUUGAAGAGGUCAUUGCAAAGGCUGAGAAGAUCGCCAAGGAGUCCGCAGCUUGAUAGUGUCCACUCCCAAUCCAAUCUCUCCCUUUGUUUUUCUAUUUUCCUACCGCGGACCUUACAAAUGUUAAUAAUUUAGUUGGUAUUGAGACUGUCAUCACCACCAGUGAGUUGCGAUUUUUUUUAGAUCAACUGUCUGGCUGUGCUAUUUUUUUGCAGGAUUGUGGUAGGUGGAGAAACGAGCAAGGGGCAUGCUCUGCAAGCUCCCCUUUUUUGUUUAAUAAGAAAUGAAAAAAAAAAGAAACAAUUGAGGAAAUGUUUAUUUUGUAUGCUCUCUCCUCUUGGAGCGUUUCAAUCAGAAGCCCCUAUUUAAUUUGUGUGAA